AUUAAUACUCGUUUACGGAAAGAAGCGGAUUUUAUUUAAAUUAAUUAACAAAAUGCCACAAACCUUCUUCCUCAUCCGGCAGCCCAGGUGUCAAGAUUAAAUUAUACAGAAGGGAACAAAACUUGAGAAAGGAGGAAACUGACGGAAGACAGAGAGAGCGCCUCUCGAAUCUGGAACGACCGGAAGAGUGGAACGAGUGCAGACGAGUCGACGACCGCCACCGCGCCAGCCCACCACCACGCGCCCGGCCUCCUGCGGUCAGCCUCCCAGAGUCCGAGACCACAAUUGCACCAUUCGCACGACGCCCUACCCCGCUAGUCGGCUAGUCACUAGGCCGCACACCCGCACACCGCAGUAACCGGUGAAUGAUGCUGAGAAAGGUCUUAUUGUGCCGAGCCAUGUAAUAUGAGAAUGGAUCCAAAGACAGUAUCAUCUGUAACUGAAAAUGAAAGUGCAUUUGAUCACCGAUUUCAACGCACUGAUCAGUGGAUGCCUGUUUAUUCUUGGUUAGAGUCACUUGAUACAGAUGAGGUGGUAAAAUCAAAAGACAUUUUACACUGGCUUACUGAGAAUGCAGAAAUCAGAGAACAGUUAUCCUCAAGGCAUUCACGCUACCAUUUGAUGCAUUACAUAAAAAAGUGUCAUGUAAAAUUAUUAAAGAGAAAGGGGAAAAAGGUAUUGACACUAUCUAGCAGUUCAUGCUCAACACAGAUGCAUGAAAGUAAGGAAGAGAAACAGCUUUCUAUGAUUCAAUGUGCUGGUAGUAAUGUCAGCAGCCUACCAAAAGAUAUUGAAAUUUAUAAAGCAAAGCAAGAGGAAGCUGUCAGGAAAUAUGAAAUUUUGUUGGAAUUUGAGAAGCAACUUUUGGCUGCCUUCCCAAAGGUGAAAACGUAGAUAGCAACCUGGUGCAACAGUUCAGUUAGAUGGUGGAGUCCUCUCCAUAUUCUGUUGUUUGCUGAGCUAAUCCUUUCUCUUCAAGAGUUACGUGCGGCGUAUUUGUCUUGAAAUGUGUUUCUUUUUAACAUGCCCUGACAUUACCAUCUCCCAACUCCUUCCACCCUUUGAAGAUAAAAGUAAAAACUCGACUAGGAUUGUUGACAUGGAUUCUGUACCUCUGUUUCCUAAUAUUACCAGAUUCGUAGUAUAGUUGGGUUCGUUUUGAUUUGGGAUUGUGUUAUUUGUGUCCAUUCAUGUACCUAGCGACACAUAUUAUGGCAUUUGAGGAUGUCAUAUAAUAACGUAAACAUACAAUACAACCCUUAUACUAUGUAUACGAUUAUUAAAAUAUGUAUGGAACACGUCAAUGUGCUCAUCAUAGAGCACGAUGACAUGAUAAAUGUUAGGAUUUUACUAUUUUCUUGGAUAAGAGAAUGUUGUCCAUUUAUUACGCAAAUGUGCUCACCAUAGAGAACGUUGGUGGUUUAGGUAAAUGUACUCAUAAAACUCUAUAUGACCAGAUUAUUUAUGGGAUGUUUUUAUUGAGAGG